AUGGAUCGGGAUGGCGACGGGAAGCGGAGCGUGCCGUUGCUGACGCGGCUUGAAGGGAAGAACUGGCAGAUGACGGCCGGCGCGGUGGUGGUGAAUGCUCUGAUGCUGACCGUCCUUCAGUUUGAUGGCGCUGACACAUGGGCACUGAUUCCGAAACUUGAGGACGUGGAUGGUUGGAGACGGCGGGUGUACAAGCUUGGAGAAAUUAUAGCACAAGGCCUUGUGACUGCAGUAAUCACAGCCGCAGCGCUGAACAUGAAUUUCAUGCCACCUGGAUCAAACAAUUGGAAAUGGAGAGCCUUGGUUUCAUCCAUAGGCCUGUGCAUGCUGAACUUUUCGGUUUUUUUUCAGUUGCUUGAAUCAGUGGAUGUCAUGUUUGAAAGGCAUCAUGAAAGGUCCUGGAGUUCUGAUUCAGCCCAUCUUCUAUUGGUUGUGGCCGCUGCUGCCAUGAUCCUCGUUGUUGACUUUUACCAUACCAAGCUCUUUGGGUGCUUUGAGUGCGGCUGCUGUUCGUGCUGCUGUGGCAAUCGCGUUCCUAAGGUGCUCAGGGAUAGAACUAGGUCCAGAGAUAGCCGCAGAGCUGGAAGCCAGAACGAGGCAGAGUCAGCAGAAGGGAUGGAAAGCCUGGGGCCAAGUAUGCAUGAGAUGCACUACAGAGACACUCAUGGAUCUGAAGGCCAGGCAAGCACAUCACAAGGCGGCAAUGCAGAGGCUGCAGCUGGCAAUGAGCACCAGGACAAUGAGGAUGGAAUGCCUGGAGAUGAGUCCAAAGCACGUGCAUGGGUAGUGCAGCAGCCAUCAGGUGAUGUUGGCCCGGGAGUAGAUCCUGUUGGCAGGGGCAGAGCAAUGACACGAUGGGAGACCCGUGUGCUAGUGGAGCGCUGGCAAGGCCAAGUCAGGACUGAGCUGUCGCCCAGGCUGAGCAGGAAAAAAGCUGAAGUUGGAAGGGGAGAUGAGCAUCGAACUGGCCUGGCCUUCGUUGUGCAUUGCCUCACAUCUGGCCCAACGCUCAUCCGGAAGGCCAUUGUACGGAAUCUCAGGUAUUCAUGGAAUGUUAUCAAAGAGGAAGAAGGGAAGUUUCACUAUUCUGUGUGGAUGAAAGUUGCCGUUCUCACUUCCCUGCUGUUGCAGGUCUACUUUUGCAUCAAGACAUUGGAGUUCUGGUACGAGGCUGUCAAUGAUUGGAAGACAUUCGAAUUCAGUGUGACGUCCGCACUAGACAAUGUUUCAGAGACUGUGACAAAACUAUCCCAGGUAGUUAAUCAGAGAGCCGCGGCGAUUAGUGGGGUAGGUGGCAGGGGAGGUGCAGAAAGUGAGGGGCUCGCUGAAGGACUGAACGACAGUGCGAAUGGCACAGUGGCAAGAGUGGACCAGGCUGUUUUGCCUGCCCUGGGUCUGGAAGCAGUGUCGAUUGGUGAGACAGUCUUUUUGUUCUCCGGAGGCUUCGUGGCGGAUGCCGUCAAAUAUAUCUCCACCCUCCUUCCCAAGUGGCAGGCGACCAUCUUUAUAGGGUACCCUUUUGCCCUCCUCAUUGGAUUUCGGUCUGUGCAUGUGGUCCUCGCCCAGUACAAGAGAAUGUUUUUGUAUCUUGCAAGGGAGGUGGAGCUGCAGCGGGAGGCAGCUGGCAAUGGGGGGCCCACAGCAAACGAGACCUGGGUGGGAAUCGAAAAGAAGUACCCCAUCGGGGGUGCGAUCUUUUUCUUUGGAGUGCUCACCAGCACUGCAGUCAUCCAAAUGGAAAUCUUCGGCUUGCUGAUCUCGCUGCUGCUGGCCAUCCUCUCCAAUUUGAGCAACUUCGACUUGUUCUUGGACGUCGCUGGCUUUUGGUUGCUGGCCCUCCUCGGGGUCCUGGUCAUCAACAGGCUCAUUGUUGUCCUCCUUGGCAACUGGCUGUUUUCUGACGGCCUCAGAGUCCACUACCCGCAGCUCUUCUUCCUAUACAUGUUCGUCUUCUCCAUGGUGCACCUGGUGCUGGGGGUCCUCCAUGCUGUCGUCAGGCUGGUUUUCCUCUUGCUGACCACCGUUCUGGUCCUCAACCGCCUGGACUUCACGCCCUUCGCCAAAUUUAAGAACCUGGACGGUGGCCACAACGCAUUCAUGUCGAUGCUCGUCCUGGCACGCGUCAUCCAAGAAAACAAGCGGGGGCUGAAACUGGGGAUGGACGGCGGGGAUGGCUACAGCCAGGCAGUGUCCGAGUGUGGGAAGCCGAUGGAAGAGUGUGGCGGGGUGGGCAAUGGAACUGGAGGCAGCAGUGGGGUAGGGAACCCGGAUCCAAUUGGUGAGCGCGGAAGCCACUGUCCCCGUUAA